AUGACGCCACCCACGGUCUUCUUCGGCAAGCGCGAGACUGCGCUGAUUCUUCGCGCCCUCGCUACGCACCUCGCCCGGGACGAUGCCUCCUCCCUCGAGUUGCUCGUCUACGUCCAGUGGCUGCUCCUCGAGUCCAAGGGACCCGGUUACUCGCUCGCCCUUUCUGGCAGCCCGCACUUUGUCAAAAUGUGCGACGUGGCCAUCUUUCGCGAUCCGGGACCAAGGCUAGGUCGGACGUGCUACGCCAUCAUUCACGUCGAGGAAGGUACAUCGAUGCAGCCCGGGGGCAGAACCGUGUUGUGCCCCGCUGCGACGACCGACGAGGAGGUGACAUUUGAUAUGGUGCCCGGGCUCAUCAAGCUCCUCAUCCGCCGAGGUGCGCUGCGGACUGUGACGGAGAACGGCGAGCAUCUGCCCGUAGGAUCGGUGGACGAGUUCCUCGAGUCUGACCACACGCGGUUCGUCGGCGUUGGCGAUGGCCCUCUGUUCACGCGGCAGCCAAGCGAGGUCACGGCACGCUUGCGCGCGCUCAUCGAGAGCGCUGGGCUCAACGCCCCUGGAGAGUUCGCCUUUCGACUCGGAGGAGAAGAAGAGGCUGAGCAGAGCCCCAUCGCCGCACUCUGCGAGUCCAAGCGCGACGAAGCGGAGCGAAUCAUGCGGCGCGUCAUCGCCUCCAACAGCGGAGGCAGCGGCAACGCAAACGAUGCCCCUCUCGACCCACUUCAACGCGAUCGCGUCGCCCUCAUGCUCGCCUACGCAGACCGUCUUUCUCGAUCCGGUGCCUAG